UCUAUCUAUUUCACAUACAUCUAAACAAGUACAGAUAUGAAAGCUUAUUGUUCAAUCUGUUCCGACCCAUUAGAUUCGCCAAAACAUACACCUGUAUUUCUCCCUUGUGGACAUACUUAUCACGGAUCUUGUUGUAAUACUUGGCUUGAAUUAUCUCAGAAAUGUCCACUUUGUCUCCGUUAUACAACCAAGCUGAAUGUUCACACGUUAUAUAUCUCAACUGAAUCAAGUCCCAAGUUAGAUAACACGGAUUUAAAGAAAGUUGUUGAACUUUUCAAAGCAAAGCAAAGCGAAUACAAGAAAUUAUUAAAGGAAGCCAAAGUGACUAACAAGCAACUGGUGUCUGAAAUCAAAGCACAUAAACGUCGAACUUCGCGAUCCAGUAGAUUGUUGCAACAUGUUGUCGAGGCACAUGAUAAAAGUCUUACAGAGAUUGGGGUCAAAGUUAGGGACUUAAACCAGCAAAAGGCACUUUUAGACAGGAAGAAAGCAAAGAUCAUUAGAAAAUCCAAGAAGCGAGAGAUAAUGUUUUCCGAAUACAAUAAGCAACAAGACAUUAUUAUUGAUAAAUUUCGAUUGGAGUUGGAAAAGACACGAGAGAAACUUAAAGAAAAAAGAAAGAGGUCCUUUCGAGUUGAUUCAAAUUUAAAAGUUACUCUCAAACACGGAUUUACCUUUUUCGGACAAAGUGAAUAAAAAUUUAGACUAAGAGAUUAGUUUUCCAACAGUUUGAUAAGCUAAUAAAAUUUUACUUGUAAAAUCUUUAAGCCUCCACCUCACUAAAUUGAGGCGAAGAGCCACAUUAGAGGUGGCGUUAAGGCUUUAAAGACAUUUGACCGUCCUUAGACAUCCCUUAUGAACCGAGAAAUAGCAAACAUAUUCUUCGCAGUCAUCACAUCACGAUUCCAAAAACUAUUGUAUCGUUUGCAAAGCAGUAUCUGAUGGAUGUAUAGUGAUUUUUGUCAGUAACGCAGUUUAAACCCAUUAAAUUAUUAUGAAGA